AUGCCUCCCGCACGCCGCCAGGGCGUGGGUGGCCGCCAGGUGUGGAGGGUGUGGCCGCCAGGUGCCGCCCCCACCACACCUCGCCUCUCACUCGUCACUUACACCGCCCCGGCACAGCUAAUUGUGGCGGUGGCCGCGCCCCUGUGGUGGCGCGUCGCCGCCCCCGCCCGCGGCUGUAGGGCGCGGCAGGGCGCGGCCAGGUACCGCCCUCCGCUUAUCCCCCGGGACCAGGGCCAUCUUGCCGCCCCCACCCACCCCGCCCACCCCGCCCUCUCACAACCAUCACAUCUCCACCAUUUUCCCCACGACUCCAGACUUACACGCGACAGAUUUUGUCGAAGAUGUUGCCGGCCCCGCCCUCAGAAGGUGCGGCCACCCCCCGCCCUCAGAAGUUUUGGCCAGCCCCGCCCUCAGAAGGUGCGGCCAGCCCUGCCCUCAGAAGGUGUGGCCAGCCACGCCCUAAGAAGGUGUGGCCAGCCCCCGCCCUCAGAAGUUUUGGCCAGCCCCGCCCUCAGAAGGUGCGGCCACCCCCCCGCCCUCAGAAGUUUUGGCCAGCCCCGCCCUCAGAAGGUGCGGCCAGCCCUGCCCUCAGAAGGUGCGGCCAGCCCCGCCCUCAGAAGGUGCGGCCACCCCCCGCCCUCAGAAGUUUUGGCCAGCCCCGCCCUCAGAAGGUGCGGCCAGGCACGCCCUAAGAAGGUGUGGCCAGCCCCGCCCUCAGAAGGUGCGGCCAGGCACGCCCUAAGAAGGUGUGGCCAGCCCCGCCCUCAGAAGGUGCGGCCACCCCCUGCCCUCAGAAGAUGUGGCCGGCCCCGCCCUCAGAAGGUGCGGCCAGCCCCGCCCUCAGCCACACCCAUGUACUCUCUUGCGUCUCCCCUCAAACAAAACGGCCUCUGUGCCCCAGGCUACGACGGCCUCAGUGCCCCACGCCAGGACGGCCUCUGUGCCCCAGGCUACGACAGCCUCAGUGCCCCACGCCAGGACGGCCUCUGUGCCCCAGGCUACGACGGCCUCAGUCAGGACCCCACGCCAGGACGGCCUCUGUGCCCCAGGCUACGACGGCCUCAGUGCCCCACGCCAGGACGGCCUCUGUGCCCCAGGCUACGACGGCCUCAGUGCCCCACGCCAGGACGGCCUCUGUGCCCCAGGCUACGACGGCCUCAGUGCCCCACGCCAGGAACGGCCUCUGUGCCCAAGGCCAAAACGGGCUCAGUGCCCCACGCUAAGACGGCCUCAGUACCCCACGCUAGGGACGGCCUCUGUGCCCAAGGCCACAACGGCCUCAGUACCCCAGGCUACGAGGGCCUCAGUGCCCAAGACAAUAACGGCUUCCUUCAUCAAAGUUACAACAGCUUACUCGUGCGAUUCUACGACUACCUUAAAGCACCUCGUCACAACGGUCGCAGUGCCUCGCACUACAACGACACCCGUUACGUCGGCCGCAGUGACUCGCGCUACAACGGCUCAGAGACUCGCUACAACGGCUUCCCUGCCUUACAAAGUGACAGCGAGAGAUGGGCAUCGGGCGUGCCCCGCCAUCACGCCUACACUGUAACCCCAUCGUCGACACUGCCACCGUCGUCGUCGACACCGUCGCCCCCAUCGUCGACACCGUCAGUCCACACACAGUCAGAUUGUCGCAUUCUUUUAAUCUUAGAUUUAUGUAAAUAA